AUGUUCUCAGCUGCUUCUACCUUUUAUAAGUGUGUUGCAGCUACUCUUGCCAAUGACGGAACUUCCUGGAAAUUUAUUCCUCCGAAUUCACCCCACUAUGGCGGUUUAUGGGAAGCGGGUGUCAAGUCGGUGAAGCAUCAUUUGAAGCGAGUGAUCGGUGAUCGACCUCUGACCUUCGAGGAGUUUUCGACCGUUUUGGUAGAAAUUGAAGCGUGUUUAAACUCGCGUCCGCUUUAUCCGCUUAGUAAUGAUGUGGAGGAUUUGCAAGUUUUAACGCCUGCACAUUUUCUCGGCAUUGCCUCUGGGUUAAUUCCAGAGGACGCUCCCCCUGAUGUGUCUGAGAAUCGUUUGGAACGAUUUCAGUUACUUCAGGUGACUAGAAAUAACUUUUGGAAGCGAUGGUCCCAGGAAUACCUGCAAUAUUUGCAGGAGCGUGCGAAAUGGCGAGGGCCAGCCGAGAAUUUUGCGGUCGGUCAGUUAGUUCUCGUGCGUGAUGAUCGGUAUCCGCCUUCAAAAUGGCCUCUUGGUCGCGUGACUGAAGUCCACCUCGGUCCGGAUGGAUUAGUAAGAGUGGUCACCGUUCGAACGGCCACGUCUAGUUUAAGGCGGCAUGUUGCUCGGUUAUGUCCGCUAUUGCUAGAGCAGAAUCCAUCUACGGCUGGCGCGGAUGGUAGGGCUGCCUAG